UUUCUGUUUCCGGGAUGUUUGGUGAUGUGGCUCUGCACUGAAAUCCUGGAGACGAAAUUGAUCAAAUAAAACACGCAGCUUUUCCCUGCGCCGAUUAAACAGGUCAGCUAUGUUUAGCCGGCUGACCCAGGGGGUGACCUCUGUCCUCCAAGAGCUCUCCGGCGAGGAACGCUCCGAUGGAGACUCCCAGCAGGAUAGUCUUGUCCCUCAACCCCAACCUGUUGCAGAAGCAUCCCUGGAGGGCCCAGGGCCCUCAGAAGAAGUCCUGGAGAGACUGGCCCAGACAGAGCAGUUGGUGGUUCAACUGAAGGAGUUGAUUCGAGAGAAGGACAUCCAGCUCGCCAGCACUGAGAGACAUCUUAAGGAGGAAAAAGAACAGGCAGAGGUCAAGUUUACAAAGCUUAAACUGCAGGCCAAAGCCAAGAUGGCUGCCCUAAACAAACAGAUCUCUGAGCUGAAAGGACAAGAAGUGUUGAACAGCAGUCAGAAUUCAGAGAACUCCUUCGUGAUGACUCCAGGAUUGGUGGAGGAACUCCAGCAGCUCAAAGAGAAGCUUAGCCAGGCAGAGUCUUCCAACAAGAUCCUUCAGCAGCAGCUCUGGGAAGCCGAACAGCGUGUUAGAGAAGAGGAUAAUGCAGAGCAGGUGCGAGUCUUGCAGGCUGUGGUGAAGGAAAAAGACAUACGAUUCCAGGAACAAAUUCUCAAACAUGAACAGGAACUUCUCAGUCUCACACAGGCCUCAAAUGACAGUGACUUACAGCAGGCUCUACAUACAUCCCAACAACGUGUAGAAGAGCUGGAGGAAUCCCUGCGCUCUCGUUCAGAGGUCUUAGAAAUGUUACAACAGGAGCUCAACAGUGCAGACCAGCAGAAACAGAUUCUGACUGCUCAGUUCAGGCAGAUGGAACUGGAGUUAGCAGAAGCCCAAAGACUGAGAGAAGAGGAAAGGCAACAGUGGACCAUGCAAACUGAGGAAUUGCUGGCUCUUAGAACCAGACUGGAUGCAUCAGAUAAUGACCAGACCCUCAAUGCUCUCAAUUCUGAAUUACUGAAAAAGACCACAGAGCUUGAGGAAAUGAGAGCUAAGCUUGAAGCUGAAGAAAGAGCAAAAGUUGAAAGCCUGGAGAAAUUAAGAGAGAGCGAAACUAGCUUUAAAACAGACCUGGCCAACAUGCAAGCAUGUUUGGAAGCCAGACUGGAGACAUCGGAGAGUGAAAGAAACCAGACCAUCAAUGCUCUCAAUUCUGAAUUACUGAAAAAGACCACAGAGCUUGAGGAAAUGAGAUCUAAGCUUGAAGCUGAAGAAAGAGCAAAAGUUGAAAGCCUGGAGAAAUUAAGAGAGAGCGAAACUAGCUUUAAAACAGACCUGGCCAACAUGCAAGCGUAUUUGGAAGCCAGACUGGAGACAUCGGAGAGUGAAAGAAACCAGACCAUCAAUGUUCUCAGCUCUGAAUUACAAAAAAAGACCACGGAGCUGGAUGAAAUGAGAGCUAAACUUGAAGCUGAAGAAAGAGAGAAGAAUGAAGGGCUGGAGAAAUUAAAAGAGAGAGAGGCAGAGCUGGUCAACAUGCGAGCAUGUUUGGAAGCCAGACUGGAGUCAUCUGAGAGUGAGAGAGAGCAGACCAUUGGUGCUCUCAACUCUGAAUUACUGAAAAAGACAACAGAGCUGAAUGAAAUGAGAGCUAAACUUGAAGCUGAAGAAAGAGAGAAGAACGAAGGGCUGGAGAAAUUAAAAGAGAGAGAGGCAGAGCUGGUCAACAUGCGAGCAUGUUUGGAAGCCAGACUGGAGACAUCUGAGAGUGAGAGAGAGCAGACCAUUACUGCCAUCAAUGCAGAACUACUAAAAAAGAUGACAGAACUAGAAGAAUUAAGGGAAACACUUGUAGCUGAGGAAAGAGAAAGGCUGGAGACAGUACAAGAGAGACAAACAAGCUUUGAGACAGAGCUGGCCAAAUUGCAAACAUGUUUGGAAGUUGCAGAGAAACAGAAAGAGGAGAUGACAAAGAAACUAGAAGUGGAAGUUGCAAGGCACGUGGAAGAGCUUCAUCAUCUCCAGGAGAAGCUUGAUGAAGUGGAGAGAGAGAGGGAGGAAGGAUCUAAGAGUGAACGAGAUCAGUUAGCACAGAUGCAAAAUGAGCUUGAGUCCUUAAGAGAGAGACUGGGUGCCCCCAAAGAGGAACAAGAAGCAGGACUCCAAGCAAAGGAUGCACUGGAGAAACUGUGGAGAGGGAUUCAUUCUUUGAUGAGUGUUGAGGAAGAAGAGGUGGAAAUAUCUAUCCCUACUGACCCUGCACAGAUCUUAGAGGUGUUACCCACCUUGGAAGCCCGACUGGGCAACCUUACAGCCGAACAGCAGGAGAGUAAAAUGCGAAUGUCUCAGAUCACUCUAACUCUUCAGUCUUUGCAAGGUCAACUAGAUAAAAGCACAGCCGAAGGAGAGGAAGCAGGUGCUAGGAUACAGGAACUGGAACAACAACUUCACACACUACAGGUUUCUGGUGAGUCAUUAGGUGAUCAUGUGACUGACCUGUCUAUGAGGGAUUUGCACUUGGUACACCAGGAUGGCAGUGGAGAUGCAUCUGCAUCAAAGACAGAUCGGACUCUGUUUCUGGAGACGCAGCUUGCAUACAGAGAAAGGGAGCUUUCUGAUCUCAGAGAAAAACUGUCGCUCACCACAGACCAAACUCUGAAAAUGCCAGAUGUGGAAAGUGCAGACAUUGUAAGCACAGUACUCAUUGGUGGGUUGGACGACAACCCUACAGCUCUAUCUGAGGUUCUCGAGGACACAUCAGAGGAAGAGUUGACACUUGUGGCAGUGGACACCUCUGUUCUGUUAGUUUCUGCUGACAAUGAGAGUAGCACUGAGCUUUUAGCACCACAGCCUGAGUCCCCUGGAGAAUCAAAAGGUACUUCCUCAGAUGAAAUGGUGACUAGCAGUGAUUCAGAGGUAGCACAUAGCAGCUGGACUCUUUUGGAAGCUGUAAACCAAGACGGGCCUCAAGAGUGGCCUCUCCAAGUUAACGAUUUUGCCUCAUUACGCUUAUCCACUCAGUCUUGGGAGGAGACCUGUGAAGGGCAGGUUACAUCAACCAGCUGUAUAGUUGACAUUGAUUCACCAUCUUUAGUUAUCCAUGAAACUGUACAGGUGCGUCUUGGCCAGCAGGAGGGAAGUCUGCUAAAUACUGAUUCAGGCACUAGUCAGGCUUUUGCACAGAUCUUAGCAGAAGAGAUUCAGAAAAGAUACAGUGAACUUUUGGGAGAGCUUCAGCGGCUGAGAGAAUCAUCCAUACAAUCCCAGGAGAAAGUCAACCAGCUGGAGGAGGAAUUGAAGUCACUAACAAUUUAUAAACAAGAGGCUGAGUCAAGGGAAAACAUCUAUGAUAGAGAGCUGAUGGAAGCUAAGGCAUUGAUCCAUCAAGAAAAAUUAGAUGCACAAAGUGUUGCUCAGCAGUUUGAGAACUUACAAGAAGAGGUUCUCUACAAAGAUGAGAAGAUGCAAGCCUUACAGGUAGACCUAGAUGAAGCCCAGCGAAGACUUGUAGAACAAGAAGGACAAGCUAGAAUGCUGGCUGCUCAACUGGAGGACAGAGAGCUCACCUCCUCUGAACUGGAACAGAAGCUCGUAGAUAUGGAGGGAAGGUUACUGCAGAUCUCUCAGGAGGCUGACAUGACCAAAGCUUCUCUCGUUGACAGGACUGCAGAGCUGGAAGUCCUACAAAAGUGUCUUUCACAAAAAGACCAGGAAAUGAUGGAGCUUAAUGAUAGCAUGACUGCCAAACUACUCCAGGCUGGAGAGGAAAAGUUUGCAAUAUCCAGUGAAGUCAAAAAGCUAAAAGAGCAAAUGUCUGAACUUAAGAGGUCCUGGGAUGACCAGCAGAAAAGCAAAGAGGAUAAAACAGAAGAAAGUGAGGAGCUUGUUGCUUUACGAAAGGAGAAUGAAGACAUGGUUGCUCAGAUGGAUGCUUUGAAGAAAGAUGGAGAGCAGGUCAAGAGAAAGCUGCAGGCAGCUCUGAUACAGCGGAAGGAAUUGAUGAAAAAAGUUGCUGAGUUUAAGAAGGAGGCUGAGAGCAGGGAAGAAAAGGAAAGAGAUGAUAAUGAGGGAUUUACUCUUCAGUUCAAAGAUGACAUUAAGGAAAAAGAGCAGGAAAUACAAAGGCUUGAGGCAUUGUUGCAAGCGACUAGGGAUGUCUUGAAUUCAAAAGAGGAGACCUUGGCGCAUUUGGAACAAAAAAUCAACAACCAAGAGCAAGCAUUGUAUGAGUCACAUGCAGAAAUACAGCAUCUGACAGAGCAGUAUGUUAAAAUGAAUGAACAACAAAUGUUGCAGGCAGAUGAGGAAAAAAAGAAACUUUUUUCACAGAUAGCAUCCAUGGAAUCCGAUAUUCAAACUUUGCAGAAAAAGCUUCAGGAGGCCGCAGAUGCUAAUGAACAUGCUGUUAUGAGAGCUCAAGAGAAAGAUUGCCAUCAUCUUGAGCAAAUGAAACAGCAGAAAGAGGAGUACAGUGUCCUUCUUGAGCGCUUCCAAGCUGAAGAGGGAGAGAAAGCUGGGUUGUUGAAUCGCAUUAAGGAAAUGGAGGGUCUGAUAAAAUCAAUGAAUGAUGGAGAUAAAGUGGUAAGUGUGAAUGUAGAGGGAAAUGUUGGGUCUGCCUCACAGAAUCUCGAAAAAACAGAGACAAAUGAUUGGGCUCAAGAUGAUUGGGUGGAUUUUGCUUCAGCUGAGACUGAGACACAUCAACAGCACAAAUCUGGUGAGCAUCUUCCACAGAUGAGAGUUCAUGAAGAAAUGAUAAAUGCCCUUCAGGAGGAGAUUAAAGCUGAGCAAGCUGCCCAUGUGGACUUAGAGGUGCGGCUACAAGAAAGCCAGGCCUCCCAGUCACAUGCAGAUAGCAAGUUCCAAGAGCUUUGCAAGGAACUUGAAGCUUUGAGAGAAAAGGAUAGGCAGAUUGAUGCUCUCACUGAGGAGAUGGAGGCUCUUAGAGAGAAGUGUCAGAGAGCUGAAGCUCAUCCAGAAACACUGAAAGCAGAGGUAGAUGAGGCUUGGAAAGCAGCUCAAAGAAGCAUCUUGGAUGCUGAGUCCCGCAUCAGAGCUCUUCAGUCAGAAGUGGAGGAAUUUAAACAGUUUCUGAAAAACAAGAAUGAUGAGAUUAUUGAUCUAAGUCAACAGCUAAGUGAACAAAGUUCUCUUCUUCUUAAAAUGCAGGAAACUGUUUUGGAGAAAGAUCAGCAUAUUGCUUUCUUACAAGAAGGACUUAAAGCUGAGCAAGAUAAGAUUCAAAAACUCGAAGCAGAAAUGCCACAACGAGAGGAAGAAGAGAAGGGUAACAGUGCCAAACUAGAGCAGCUUCAGCGCAAACUGCAGGCCGCUCUUGUGUCACGCAAGGAGGCUCUCAAAAAGAACCAGGCCCUCAAGGAAGAACAGACUGCUGCUGAGAAGGUCAAAUUAGAGCUACAACAGAAGCUUGAAUUUGUGGAACUGGAGUUAAACAAAUCAAGAGAAGAAAGGGAGAAGUUAAUUGAGGAGGUGGAUCGAACUUUAUUGGAAAACCAGAGUCUGAGUGCCUCCUGUGAGAGUCUUAAGCUUGCAAUGGAGGGUGUUUUGAAUGAGAAGGAUGCUUGCAAACAUCAGGCUGAGAGUGCCAAAGAGGAAGCCAAACAAAUGUGCAGGCAGCUGGAAGAAAAAGUACAAAACGUGAAAGAGGAGUAUGAGACCCUGCUCAAGUCAUAUGAGAAUGUGAGUGAUGAGGCUGAACGAGUGAGAAGAGUGCUUGAAGCUGCUCGACAGGAGAGGCAAGGGUUAGCAGCUAAGGCACAAGCUCAUGAGGCAGCCAGACAGGAGGCAGAGAGAUUGGCAGAGGAAGCUAAGAAGGAGGUAGAUGUUGUGAAAGAGAAAAUGAGGAAGUUUGCCAAGGUCAAGCAUCAGAAAAUUAUGGAACUAGAGGAGGAAAAUGAAAGGCUUAGGGAGCAAGAGGAGAAGAAAGGGACCAGAAAUGCCAAAACUGAGUUGAAACAAGAGCUGGAGAAAGUCAAAGAAGAGUUUGAGACCUUAAAGGCAAAUUAUAAUAUUGCUAUGGAUGAGAAAAACUCUUUGGAACAGACGGCUGAGGAGUUGAGGAAGCGUUUGGCUAAAGAAAUUGACAUAAAAGACUGUGCAAGCUCCACAAAGACUGUUACAGAGGUUAGUGUCAUCACACAGCAGAGAAGUCCUGAUUUAAUUGAAAACCAACAGUACCUGGGCAAUAGUAGUUCCCCAGAAACUAAUCUACAACUGCAGUCAGAGGAAUCCAUUGCUGCUGUACUUCAUCAUGAAGUCACGGAUGUGCAAGCAAAUAUUGAAAUUAAUUCUGAAGCAGAGAAAAGGCUCAGGGAACUGGAGACCUCUCUGGAAACAGCAGAGAGGAUGAUAAGGGAACUUGAAGCUGCUCUUGAGGAUCAGAAGGAAUCCAGAAACAAGCAAGAAUCCAUGCUUAAAUCAGAACUGGCUUCUCUCAAGCAGCAAAUUCAGGAGUCUUUAGAAAGAGAGGAGAUCCAGAAAGAAGCGAGCUCCAAGAAAGAAACCCAACUUCAGGAACUUCGCACCAGUCUAGAGGCUGAAAGGGAUGACUUGGAGGAACGGUUGAUGAACCAAUUGGCCCAGCUCAAUGGCAGCAUUGCAGGCUACCAGCAAGAAGCAGCCGACAGUCGUGAUCGCCUCACAGACAUGCAGCGGGAACUGGAGAAAUUGGAACGAGAGCGAGCUGAACUGGAGGCUGAGGUGGCAAGCGAGAGGGACCGGGCAGCCAGGAUGGAAGAGGACAUGAGGCAGGCCCAACGAGAGAGAGCAGAGGCAGAGGCUGAGGCAGGCAAACAGAGAGAGUUGGAGCAAAAGUUGAAAUCGGCACAGAGGUUUAAAGAAGGAAGUCAAAACAGAACACGUCAACUCGAGGAACUGCUAAGAGAGAAGCAGCUGGAAGUCCGUCAGCUGCAGAAAGACUGCAUUGAGUACCAGGAAAGAAUCAGCGAACUGGGUAAAGAAGUAAAGUCAUUGCAGUUGGUUAGAGAUGAGGUGCAGGGUGAACUUGAGGCAGCACGCUUGGAAGUCACAAAGAUUAUGCAAGAGAGAUCAAGUGUUGAAUCAGAGCUUUCAAAAUGUAAAGCGAAACUGGACAUGGCCCUGGAGGAGGCAAAGCAGGCCCAGGCAGACAAACUCAACACUGAACAAAAGGCACAACAACGAGAGGUUGAUUUGAAAGCAGAUGCAGAGCGUACUCUGGAUGAAGUCAGGUAUCGGCUUGGAGCAGAGCUUAAGCAGAUGGAACUGAGACUAGAAAAAGCCUAUAGGGGACGGGAGAGGGAGGAAGAGGCAACUAUGGAGGCAAGGAGUGUUGCUGAGACUGCAGACAGGCAUGCCCGGGAAAUGAAGGCCCGUCUAGAUGAAUCACUGGCUCGGUUGGCUGCCUUCUCACGCUCCAUGUCCUCCCUGCAGGACGAUCGUGAUCGUGUGCUGGAUGAAGCAAAACAAUGGGAGAGUCGCUUUCAUAGUGAACUGAAGGAAAAGGAGGCUGAUGUUCGGGAGGCUGAGACACGUGCUAAAGAACUUGUUGAACAACUGCAGAGAGAGAUGUCCCAAAAAGAGGAACUGCAGAGUUUAUUGGAAAGGAUGCAGAAAGCAGAAGAGAACCUACGUCUACAGCUUGCUGAGGUAGAAAAGAAAUAUAGUGAAAGCCUUACAGCUCUUGAGAAAGAAAGAGAGGACCUGCAACAAAAGCAAGCUCCAUUAGAGAUCAACCUGGCCCAAACUCACUCCCAGCUGACCUCCCUGGAGAAAGAAGCAGUGGGACUCCGCCACCACGCUAAAGCUCUAGAAGAAGCAUUGGACAAGCUUCAGAGCGAGUCUAAUGAAGCACGUGCAGCAAUCAAGGAAAGAGAGGCAGAGGAAAGGAGACUAUGCUUGAGACUGGAGCAACUGGAGACAGACCUGGGCUCUUCAAAGAACCUUACCGAUAUACUUCAGGCAGCAUUGGAUGAGAAGGAGAAAAGGGAAUUAGUGCUUCUUGGUGAGAAAGAGCAAGCUGUGACACAGGCUGUAGAGGAGGCGAGGAAAGAUGCAGAUGGAAGGGCAGACAUGGCAGAGAAAGAGCUGGAGGAGAGGAGAGAGGAGUUGCGUGGUUUAGAGGAGAGGCUUCGUAAAGCUGAGGAGAAUGCCUUCCAGAGCAGAGCUCAAUUGCAGUCCUUUACCAAGGCUAUGGGUUCCCUGCAGGAUGAUAGAGACAGGGUGCUCAGCCAAUACAAACAGCUAGAGGAACGACACCUCCAGGUUAUGAUGGAGAAGGAUAACCUUAUCCAGGAGGCUGCAGGUGAGAAUAACGGGCUGAAGGAGGAGCUUCGAGCCCUAUUGUCACAGCGGGAUGACCUCAAUGCUGAGAAUGCCAAGCUGGCUGCCCAGCUUCAUGGCUACAGAAAUGACCUAAACCAGGUUCUUGCCAUGAAGGACUCCCAACACAAGCAGAUUCUUGCUGCCCAAGUAGAGCGCAUCAGUGUUCUUGAAAGAGAGAAUGAAGAAAUCAAGAUCCAUAUUCAGGCUCUGGAAACAGAUGUUGCACAAGGAAAGAUUUCUCCACUGGAGAUGGAGAACUUGAGCCAGGCCAGUGAUGGAAGUGUUAGGUUCGAUAAUCAUGAUGCACCAGGGGCCGAAGUGGAGAAGCUGAGAGAGCAACUCGAGGCUGCUAGGAAGCGCAUCACCACCUUGGAGGAGACCUUGGAACUAGAGAGAGAAACCCAGGCAGCUCACAGCAAAGAGCUGAAGGAGCUGCGUUGGGAGUGUGGUGUUCUGCGAACUGAGGCUGAAACAGCAGAAGAGAGGGUGGCGGAGCUGGCACGAGACCUGUUGGUGAUGGAGCAGCAGCUUCUAGCGGAGAGGGAGGCAGCAGCACAGCUUCGAGCUCAGAACCAGUCCUUCGGUCAAGCCAUGGCCUCUUUGCAGGACACGAGAGAUCAGGCUGUCAAUGAGGCCAAGGAACUGCGGCUACGUUUAGAUGAAAUUAACAAUACAAGCCAUUCACCAUCUCCCCCGAGUGGCUCUAAAGGAGAAGUGUGGAGUCUCAAAAAUGCUUUAUCAGCACUGCAGAAUGAUAGGGAGAGAAUGCUGGAACAGCUACAGAUGCAAAGGUCUGAAUUGGACCGGCUCGGAUCAGGUGAACUGGCCCGGCUCACUCAGGCUCUGGAGGAAGAGAGGAGAAGGGCAGGGGAGAGAGAGAAGAUCAUGGCAGAGCUAAGGGACAAAGAUGCCCAGAUGGAGAGAGAUAAGCAAGAACUAGAGAUGCUCAGGCUAGAGAGGAUGGACUGGCAGGGUCAGGCCGAGCUCCUGAAGCAGCAGACCCUGACCACCCUCUCAGACCGGGACCAACAGGUGCGCCAGCUUACUGCCAUGCUGGAGGACGCACGGGCAUCAAAACUACGGCACGAGUACACACAAAGACAGGGAAAUCUUGCAGUAGAUGCUGCCCCUGGUGGUCCUCUUGAGCACAAUGAGGGCUAUAAAGCUGAGUGCAUUGAACUCCAGAGAAGGCUCGAUGAGGAGACAGAACAGAGACUUGGAGUAGAGGAGCAGCUCAUUGCCGCACAGGAUCGCCUCAAGCGUUACGCACAGGGAGAGUGGCAGACAGACUCUGAUGCGACAAUGUCGGAGACGGCGGUCCUUAUUGAGCCACCAGAGGGCGCCAUUAUACGGACACGAAGUGGUGGACCUGGGCUGAUCCGGAUGCUGCGAGUCGCAUUCUGUUCUCGCCAGCGCACCCCUCUGCUGGUGUCACUGUACCUGCUAACUGUGCACGUACUGCUGCUGUUAUGCAUGGGAGGGUAUCUGUGAAAGAGACCCUGAAUGCAUAACUGAGUGAGAGAGAGACCUAGCAUGCAAUACUGAGAGAAAGAGAGUUACGUACUCGUUGGCUUAUUAUACAAUCAAAUUGACACCUUAAUUUGCACAGGGUUAACCCGUUUACAAUUGGUUUUCUUGCUUAUUUCCCAAAGUUACAUCUAAUCUGUUUGUUUUGAGCAGAAUGCUUUUUGCCAAAAUCAGCUCCACCCUGUUUUAAUGAGGCUUGUCCAGACCAGUAACACUAGAGCAAUAGGUGCACUUCCUCAAAAACAUUAAUGUACCCUUUAAGAAUUAUCUCACGACUUUUAAAUUUAAUUUAGAAAAUGUAAAUGGAGUUGACACUGUACAGAGUCUAUAUAUACUGUAUUUCUUUUCUUGACAUAAUAAGAUCAUGUUUCUCUGUGACAGAGACUUUCAUUUUGUCUUUAUACACAAUUGUGUAAAUGAAGACUGUUUCAACCACAUUCCAACUUCCUGUAAUUUGUUUAAUUGCAAUUUUCCUAUUUUUGCAUUCAUAAAAUGGAAAAAUUCAGAUGAAAUUUAAUAGCAUAACUGAUGCGGUCUGUGCUUGGCGAGACAUGUCAAAAGUCUUCGCAGUGGUCCCAGCGUCCUAACUGUUUAUCCAUUUUACGGCAAACUCGUUUGCCAACUUGGUGCAAUACUGUCAUUAAUAUAUGUUUGUUUUGGUGUUCUUUUGGUUGAUUUGUUUGCUUUGUUGGUAUUUGUUUCCUUUAAUACACUACACAUCAUGCAUAUUCCAUCUCUGGACUACUGUUCCGUUUAUUUGCCCUUGGUGGUUUAAAUGAAAUAGCUUAAACAUGGAUCAUUUUAUUACUAGUUUUAAAUAUUUUGAAUCUUGUUUCGGUUAUAAGAUACUGUAUGCCUCAUAAAGUCAUUAAUGUUCAGCUUUCAUGGCAGUUUUCACAGCUGAAAGACUUCUAUUCUCACUCUGAUCUGUUAGGACUGUGUAGGGCUGCAGUAGAUUGUGGUUCAAAUAUUGUCUCUAUUAACGGUGAGAUUUUAAGCACAGCCCUGUGAGUGUUUUAACUGUGUAAAUUAUCCUUCCUCACCUCCUGCUACCCUGUUGUAGGGGCUAUCUUUUGGAAAUAAAGUCUAUUUAUGGGAAGACGUGAA